GUGAAUAAUGCGGCAAUAAGUAUGAUAAAACGAACAGCGGAUAUAAGUGGAGAAGAUUAUUCAAACAUUAUGGGAACCAAUGUGGAGUCCCCUUUCCACAUCACCCAAACUGCUUACCCCCUCUUGAAAGCAUGUGGAAAUGCUAGCAUUGUCUUCAUUUCCUCCCUUGCUGGUUCUGUUGCACUUCCUGCCCUUUCUGUCUAUGGUGCUUCUAAAGGGGCAAUCAACCAGCUUACGAAAUUUUUGGCAUGCGAAUGGGCUAGUGAUGGAAUUCGUGUUAAUACGGUCUCCCCAUUUGCUGUCAAAACCAGCAUUUUGAAACCGGAGGAUAUUGAGCCGUCACUAUUGGGGAAUUAUUCAGAAUUGUUGUGUAGAACACCACUGAAACCAAUAGCAG